UAAAUAUUGUAGCUGCAGUUAUCUAGAUUAGUCUAGACUAACAUUUAUUUUAUUUACUGGUAAUACCUACAAUGGCAGUGUUACUGAUACUGUUUAUAUUAUUUUUGUGUUUGUUACUGUAUUUUUAUUAUAAAUAUGUUUAUGUUUUUGACAAAAACCUGUGGGAGUAUCCGUCUCCUCCUCAAAUUCCCAUCUUGGGUCAUACCCUGGAUUUUGUUUCAGGAAAAGGAUUUUUAGACGUUUUGUUAAGUUACACAAACAAGUAUGGCGAUAUAGUUCGCAUUAGGCCAGGUCCAAUACGGCAUUUACUCCUAACAUCAAAUUACAAACUUUUCGAAGUAAUUUUAUCAAACGCGAAAAUUAUUAAAAAAUCAGUAGAUUACAAAAUUUUUCAUCGCUGGUUGGGGACAGGUCUUCUAACUUCAGAUGGAGCAAAAUGGAAAAAACAUCGGCAGAUUAUCACUCCCACAUUUCAUUUCCAAAUUUUAGAAAAUUUUGUUGACGUUUUUGAAAAGAAUGGCAAAAUUUUGACAAAGCAACUUGAGAAACACUUGGAUAAAGACUCUGUUAACGUUUACAGUUUUGUUAAUUUGUGUGCCUUUGAUAUCAUUUGCGAGGCUGCAAUGGGUACAUCAGUAAAUGCACAAGAAAAUAUGGAUUCAGAAUACGUACAAAGUGUUAAAAGUUUGUUGGAUACUUUAAUGGGUCGAAUUUUUUCCCCUUACAAAAUGUUCGACUUUAUUUACUUUUUUACUGAGGAUUACAAGAAAGAAAUGAAAGCUUUGAAUGUAAUCCAUUCGUAUACUAGAGAUGUAAUUAAACGUCGCCAAUCUGCAAUGAAUACGAGAGAGACUGAGCAAAAGAAGAAGAAAACCUUUCUGGAUCUGCUUCUAGAAGCUAAUAACGGUAAUGAACAACAAUUAACACUGGAAGAAAUUCGAGAAGAAGUAGACACUUUUAUGUUUGCGGGACAUGAUACAACAGCGUCUACUAUAAGCUUUGCUUUAUUUUGCUUGGCAAAUCAUUCCGAAGAACAAAAAAGGGUUUUUAUCGAACAAAAAGAAAUUUUUGGAAACGACAUAGACCGAGCUGUUACAUUCCAAGAUUUAAAAAAAAUGAAAUAUCUUGAACACGUUAUUAAAGAAACACUCAGGCUAUACCCUGUUGGACCCUUCUUUUCAAGAGAACUGGACAAGGACGUUGUUUUUGAAGACAAAAUCUUACCAAAAGGGCUUACCAUCACUUUAUUUAUCUAUGCUUUACAUAGAAAUCCGGAAUAUUUUACAGACCCGGAAAAAUUCAAACCUAGUCGGUUUGAAACUAUCAAUGGGAAAAUGCCUUUUGCAUUUGUACCUUUUGGUGCAGGACCAAGAAACUGCAUGGGGCAAAAAUUUGCCAUGUUGGAGAUGCUAAGUGUAAUAUCACGAAUCGUGAGAACUUAUAAAAUUUUACCAUCAAUUCCCCGACACGAACUAGAAGUAGCUUCCCAAGUGGUCCUUAUUUCAACAAAUGGAAUGCGUAUGAGAUUCAAAAAAAGAAUAAAGUAAAUCUUUACAAUAAUAAAUAAAAAAAAUUAAAUAGAUUUAUUUUUU